UCAGUCCCCGGGCUCAGGACCCUCUCCGCGCACGGGCAGGUCUGACAGCAAGGAGACGCGCCGCAGGAUCACGCCAGGUGUGUGCCGAUCAGUUCAGACAGUUACUCGUCGGUGACAGUGGCACAAACACCAGCACCGUUUCCCACGGACGAAUCUCCCUAAGAGGGCGGGGGUUGGGUGUUUUUUUUUUUUUUUAAGGGGUACCACUCAUUCUCACACACCCCCUCCUCGGCAGCAUCCUGAGCAGGUCUUCUAGUCAUUUCCACAGUGAACGAGCAACAGGUUGAGCAGCAGCACCGGCAGCAGCAGUGUGAAGGCGAGCGAAGCCUACCAUGCCGAGCAAAAGCCAGUAUCUGCGGCCCCGGCUGUGCACGCUGGAGAAGGGGGACAACGGCUACGGCUUCCACCUCCACGGGGAAAAGGGUAAGACGGGGCAGUUUAUCCGGUUAGUGGAGUCCGACAGCCCGGCGGAGACCUCGGGGCUCCGCGCCGGGGACCGGCUGGUGUUCGUCAACGGGGAGGACGUGGAGAACGAGAGCCACCAGCAGGUCGUGUCCCGGAUACGGGCCACCGUGGGCCGGCUGGAGCUCAUCGUGGUGGACCCGGACACGGAGCAGCUGCUGAAGAAACACAACAUGAAGUGUCUGAAGGAGUACGUCGCCGACGGUGUCCCGUUACCCUUCGACGAGGAGGAGGAGGAGGAGGAGGCGGAGGAGGAGGCUGGGGAGGUAGACGGGACGGAGAGCGGGGACGAGCGGCACCCCAAGCGGGACGAGACGGAGGAGGAAGAGGUGCUGGUGGUGGUGGAGGAGCAGCGGCAGCAGCAGGAGGAGGAGGAGGAGGUGACACCCAAAAAGUCCGCGCCGGUCCCGGACAGUAACGGAGGAAUCCACGAGCACGUCGAGAAGAAGCUGAGCAUCAACUCCGACAAGGAGCUGUGUACUGAACUGCGGCCACGUCUGUGUGUGAUCCAGCGAGGGUCGAACGGAUACGGCUUCAACCUGCACAGCGAACGGGCGCGGCCGGGCCAGUACAUCAGAGCUGUGGAUGAAGAUUCUCCAGCAGAGAGGGCAGGCCUGCUGGCCAAGGACAGGAUAGUACAGGUGAACGGUGUGUCAGUGGAUGGGAAGACGCAUUCAGAGGUAGUGGCUGCCAUUAAAGCCGGUGGGGAUGAGACCCGGCUGCUGGUGGUGGACCCUGACACGGACACCUUUUUCAAAAGGUGCCGAGUGGCCCCCACCACGGACCACCUGACUGGUCCACUGCCGGAACCUGUCAUUAAUGGAGGAAUGGAGGAGAAGGUGAAUGGAAGAGGGGCCAAAGAGGCAGAGAGGGACUCGACGCUGUCAGUCAGCCCUUCUCCAUCCAACGCCUCGUCCAACACUUCGCUCGCGGCCACGCCCACAAACACCCCACCUGAGGGCCCGAUCACGGAUCCCAUCCCAGCUCUCAACCUGAGCCUGCAGCAGGUCAAAGAGCUCGCCCACCAGAAACGCUCCAACAAGAGAGCCCCGCCCAUGGACUGGACCAAGAAAAACGAACUCUUCAGCAACCUAUAGGGCACCUCACAUCACCUGACACACACAGAUUUUUAUUGUUAUUAUAGUGAUUCUUACGAAGAGACGUAAGAUAUACCUUUUUUUUAUUGGUUAUAAUGACAUUAAAAGAGGAGUAUAACUAUUGGCAGGAGAUAAAAUUCAAGCCAUUCUGUAAAAUAUAGCAUUCUUCUUAUUACUCUUCAUGGUAUUAUAACCCAGAUAUUAGAUGUAUAAUGUGCUACUAACAAUGAAAGAUGCAUACGCCAACGAAAGAGAAGUGGCCCAUGCUGAAAAUGUGUAUGUAUGCGUGUAUGUAGUUAUUUAUGCCCUGUGAAUGCAUGGGCAUCUUUUCCAUUUUGGGUGUGUAUGUCCGUGUGUGUGUGUGUGUGUGUGUGUGUGUGUGUGUGUGUGUGUGUGGACCCAGACAGUCUGUGAUUCCUUUGGAAAUGAGGAGGAGUCGAUCCUCGUGCUACGUUUAAUGACCCGCUCCUUUUUAUAUGAACAUUUAAAAACAUUAAAGUGUCUUCUGUUAGAAUGAGAACGGGACCGGCCAAAUGCUAUAAAACCAGCCUGACAAUCAGUGCAUCGUUGAUCUCUAAUUCACUCACUUCAUCAGUUUAGGGAUCAAACAUCUGACACAGGACUGAGAUACAUUAACUUUUGGGUCAUUUAUUUCAAUGUUUUUAUUUGUGUAGUUAUUCACUCUAAUUAACUUUUUUUUUUUUUUUUUUUUUUUUUUUUUUACAGAUAACAUGUUAGAGCUCUUUUGUGAUCCCAAAAAUGAAGAUAAACACAACGUAUUGCUUUUUAACAUGAAACUCCUUUUGGGAAUCAUUUGUGAUUUUUUGGGAAAUAUUUACUGAUGGCUUUAAACUGGAAAGAACUUUAUUUUAAAGUGGGUUAUCUUAUAAUGAAUGUAUAUAUCAUAUAUCAUGUAUAUUUUUUCAUUUUUGACAUAAAUUUCACUCACUGAAAUAAAAGUGAUUUCAGCUUAAUCCUGUCUUGCUACAAUGCCAUCCACUGUUUAUCCAUACGUUGUCUGAAUACCUGAUAUCAUCUUUUGAAUAAAUGUGAACUACAGUUUAUUAUGAUUAACUUAUACCGUCCUUACUUUGCCAUCUAGUCCACUGUGAAUGGCUGUUCACUUCACAUUUUUAGCAUAUGGAAGACUUUUAUUGCUCCUGCAAAAUGCUUUGUGAGAGAUUUUUACACAUUUCUAUUGAUGUCUUAAAAACAUUCAUUAUGUAACUUUUAGAUCAUGUAUUUCUAAAAGAAUGUCUGUGCUUCACUAGAUUUUAUGCCUUUGUCCAAUAUUGAGAAAAGUGAUGAUUUUAAAACUGAAUGAUUUAAUUAUAUGAAGAGUUUUUUGUAGCUUGUGUAGGCGAUUUCUAUACUGUAAUAAAUCAG